ACUGAGUAGCAGAUUUCAUUUUUACUUCGUUCUCUUCCCUGGUGCCAUGAUAACGCAUAGUAGCAUACCGCAAAAUGCUUAAAGCCGUUUGCACUUCUUUGACAUUGUGGCGAGAAUGACGACACAUCACGGCAAUAAUAUUAGAUUUUAGCGGAUGUGCGAUAACGCAACCGUCGGUACUCGUUGAUCUCAGCCUUGGGCAAUAUCCUUAUGAGAGCCUGUUUUUCAUUUUUAGUGUAAAAGUUUGCAACUGUAUAUCAACAAUAAAAGCUAACGUGAGCGUCGCAAAAACACCGUCUGCCAUGGCAGAUUCUUCUUCCGUGCUUGCGGUGACGACAAUUGCAAAGAUUCCCGAACUAAUUCCGUGGAAAUGGAGCACCGGGAAAAGCAUGGCCUUGACAUCCGAGCACCUCAUUACAGUGUGCGACCAGGGUGAUCUCUGGUCCAACCCCAGUCUGUCCUUCAUCAAUAUGGCCGGUUCACAGCCACAUGUAACCCGCACAGACUUUAAACGGCACCGUGUGCAGGACCGUAUCGUCAAUGCCGCCCGUAGUCCAAACGGGGAAUUCUGCCUCGUUCAGGAUGCUGCCAAGUUACUACGGGUGCUCAGCCUGGAGGACGAGAUGUUUACCGUGGCAUCGGUAGAUUUCGCUGCAUGGAUAGAUGACACGUGCUUUGCCGUUCUUACGGAGAAAGAUAUAAACCAUAUGGAUACGAGGACCUGGAAAGUCGGUUGGAUGUGUUCUCGUACAGAGGUGACAGCCAGGAGCUACACCGUCACCGAUUACCAAAUGAGUCGCUCAAGACAAUGGUCAUUUCUGGCAGCGGUUAAGCUUGAUGUGGAUCAAGCAACAGGUCUUGUGGAGGUGUGGCACACGGAGGCCAAAUUUUGCCGAACCAUUGCCGGAUUUGCGGCUGUUUUCGUGCCCCCACUAUCGACUAACAACCGAGACGCUAUCUUGGUCGCCGACACCGCCAUCACCAACAACAUGCACCGUGUGCUCAUUAAGUAUCGCCCGCUUGCGUAUUCUCAGCUUUCUGUUGAUGCGGGAGCCACCAAAACCUUUACUCUGGAGAUAGAUUACUCCGAGGGCGGAAACGGACUGACUAGGGAUGUUCCAAUUGCCAUAACGCCACAUCCCAUGGACGAUCUUCCUCUGGCAUUUGUCACCACAAAAAUGGGAUAUGUUCAUUUGGUUGAUUAUCGGAAUAUGUGCCAUUUGGGGUCCAAAAAGUUAACUGAUGAGCAGAACACCUUGUGUGCUGCGCGCAGCGCGUGCUCUUUUGGAGGCUCGGUGAUCCUUACCAGUGAAGGAACAAUAUUUGGAGUUAAUGUUUCCUUUGACCAUUUGAUAACGACUCUGCUAAACAACAAUCUGUCAAUGGAAGCCGGGAAGUACGCAAUACGGUUAAAUGUUCCCAUGGAGAACGAAACGUUUAUGCGCGUAGUCCCCGCUGUAGGCGGCAUGACGCUGGACUUUGCGACCUUUUGCGGCUUCCUCAGGCUAAACGCGGUUCAUUUGUCGGCCGAUCAGGCCGUCCAGGUGUUUAAAUGGGCGGUUGAUGUGGCUCCAUCCAUUCCCCAUCACUUCAUGCUACUCGGUCAUCUCGCGAUGGAGCUGUGCGACAAAAUCGGUUUGGACAGUUUGAUCCCUCUGUUCGAGCACGGGGCUAGCAAUGAAUGCCUGUUUGUCUUUCUCAAGUCCCUGUCAACGAAGAAUAUGCCGGAAAUCCCUUUAUUAAAACUUGUCAAAGUGGCUUUUAAACAUGGCAUCAUACAAAUUCUGGAGCUCCAUUUUAUUGCAAACCAGAGCAAGUUGCACCCGGAUGCCGUACUAGAUUGCUUGCUGUCUGAAAUUGUGGAACCCGGUGUACAGUCUGUCGUGGAUGAAUUUGUGGAGAAGUUCUGCAUUAAGUACUGCCUUAUCGUGAAACUCGUUACAUACAAAAUAAGCAAUGGACGACCCGUGCGACUGGACGCUAUACUUGAAAAGUUGCCGAAAAAGGAAUCUAAGAAGCAAUUGUGUCUUGUCAUCGACGUUCUUCUAAAUACUGUUGACGCUAAUCUGGCUUCGCUGGAGGUUAAGCACGAUCUUAGACUUACUGUAGACAUGUUGCAAGCCGCCUAUCCCGACGUCCUUCGGUCGCUGGAUGAGGAUGCAAAGUGGGCAGCAAAGAUCGGCUUCCUGGAAUAUCUCACGGGAAAGGGCAUUCCCGAUGAAACCAUUCAUUCUCAGCUAGUGAAGCUGUACAUUGAAACCAUGGAAGAAGGCGAAGAUUUGGAUCGCAUUCUUAGGAGCAAUAAACUGUACGAUGCCGCGGCUGUUGGACAGUGGUGUGAACAAAACAGGUGGCUAACUAAAGCGCUGAUGGUCUACGAGCAACGACAGCUUAGUGAUGAUUUUAUCCGGAUAAGCGACUACCUGGAGGAAUUUCGGCGUCAGUUUGACUACUUGUUAAAGCUACGCAGUAAAGUCCUCUGGGAACGGGUCUUGACUCCGUUUAACGAACGACGCUGGCACUUGGUUAACAUAAUGAUGGACCGAUUUGAAGACGGUUACAAGGCAUCUGCUGACGAUUUUGAACAACUUGCCGUGCUCAUUGAAGCUCUUUCCGAAACUGAUUUGAUAUCGGAAGCCCAGGCAUUUAUUCACAAACUACUGAUCGAAGCUGUCAGUACGGAACACAUCAGGUUCCUACAACAGCAUGCCGUUCGCUGUUUAUUGAAGAGUGGAUACCCAGCAGAGGAAUUUCGACAACGGUUCGAUGAGAGUCUAGACACGUAUGAUCCAUGCACAGUAGCAGAAGUGCUCGUUCAAGGCGGAAUGUUGCGGUUGGCCAAAGACAUACUGGUCAAGGGAAAAUGCUGGAAAGAAGCAGCACAGUUGGUUGUGGCUCACAAGGAUGAAGACCUCGGUGAUAUCAAAGAACUGGCAUUCCAAAGUCGCGAUCCGGAUCUCAUGUCGACUGUUGGCGAAAGUUAUCUGGCAUCAGGCAAACUGGCUCCAGCAUUGCAAUAUCUUGUGGAAGCUGGACGAUUUACGAAGUAUAAGCUCGUCUGCUCGAUGGUACCGCUGGACAACAAUUUUGACGAAUGGGAACUGCUCAUACGUUUCUUGGAGGGUGCACUUACCAUCACCAAAGACCCCUCGCUCUCGGUGACCCUAGCUCUGGCAUAUGGGAAAACCAACCGCAUGCACGAUCUGCAGAAGCUCAGUAAAAAGCAAUAUGAACUCUCCACCGUCACUUGUUUACGGCCAGAAUGUGUGCUCUGUUAUUAUAUAGUGACUAGUGAAGGCGGAUCGAGGGGAGCGCAAGACGUCAACUGCUGUCGUAUCUGUGAGGAUCAUCCAAAGGAUGUGACAUUCGCUCCGUGCGGCCAUAUGGUGGCGUGUAUGGGUUGUGCCCAAGAACUGAGCGUGUGCCCCAUAUGUCGCCGACCAAUCGACUUAAAAAUCAAAACAUUUAGUUCCUAAUGCCAUCAUUUCCACCGUAUGUAUCACAUACAACAUACUUAGUGGGCGUAAUCCGACUACCCGAUUAAUAUCUGAACAGUGAUCGUAAGUUCUGCUUGUGCCAUUGCUUAUACCACCGAUACCGGACGCAAAGGUCAUUAGCAUGCUGAUGUUACAGCAAAACUGUGGAAAUGUUACAAUCGCUGCUUGUUUCAACGAUGUAAGCUUUCAUGCGUUAGAACAAUGCAGUACACUGGUUUUACUGGUCUACAAUGUUUAGUAGAUUUCUUGGCCGCCGACUCGUCAGGUGAUGUCAGCCAUGAUUAGUUUACAAUAAUACUCUAUUAAAAAAAUA